UUGUAUGUCUGUCGCUCUCGCAACCGUUUCAUAAUGGCUCAGGAUCUCUCCUUCUCUAAAGCCCUAACUCCUAAUGUCUCUCUUUUCCCUCAGCGCCCCAAAACCCUAGUCCUUAAACCCCAAUUACUCUUCACUCCCUCGCUUUCCCACCAAAAUGCCUCUUUUCGGCGGGAAACACGGGCAUUUGCCGGCCGGAGCAAGAACAAACAGGGACCUCGGAUAGAUUUGGACCCAGGAUAUCUCCGGCGAAUUAGGGAAAACGCGCGUAGGAAAGCACGGAAGCUGUCAGAAUCCCUCUUUUACCGGAUAAAAAACCCGCAUAAGAUCCAUGCCGAUAACUUCACAGAGGAGGAGCUCAACUUAAUUGGUCUUGGGUACGAUCGGAUGGUCCGUUUCAUGGAGAAAGACGACCCAAAUCUCAAACAUCCAUACGAUUGGUACAAGUAUGGUGAGUUUGGACCGUACUCAUGGCGCGGAGUGGUUCUUGGGGAUCCAAUAGCAGGUCGUUUUACUGAUGAGCGCGUUACGCUGUACAGCGAAGUUAAAGACCAGGAAGAGUGGGAGAAGAUUGAACAAUUUGAGAUGGAGGUUGAUUUUGGAGAGAAAUUGAAACUAUUGGACAAAAAUGUCGGCCUUAGGCGUUAUUGGGUGUUUGCUAGGCACCCGAAAUGGGUAAUAACCGAAAAACCAUGGGAGCAAUGGACAUUAGUUAGUGAAGUUGUUUUAGAAGCUGGUAAGCAGAGGAUAGAUAAAUGGAAUUUGAUGGGUCGAUUAGGUAAUCAAGCAAGAAAACUGAUUACACAAUGUGCUGCUUGGUUUAGGCCAGAUAUUAUCUAUGUUAAGAGACCAGUUUAUCAAUGUAGGUUUGAGCCUCAAGAGGAUUUCUUUAGGGGUUUAGUGCCAUUUUUGGAUCCGAAAACAGAAAGAGACUUUAUAUUUGAGCUUAGGAAUGAAGAAGAUGGUGGGAGUGUAGAAAUGUGUACAUAUUAUGAAGGAUUGUGUAAGAUUGUAAAAGUUAGUCAAAAGGCUUAUGUAGAUGAUGUAGUGAAUGCAUAUGAGAAGUUGAGUGAGGAGAAGAAAUCCAGGUGUUUAGAGUUCUUGCUUAGGAAUCAUCCAGUGCAAUUGUUGCAUCCCUAUACUAAGGAGUGGAAGGCCAAGUUAGAGGAAAUGGAGUUGGGCUGUGAUGCACCUGACGAUGAUGAGGAUCGGAAUAAUAAUGAGACAGAGUUCACUGAGUGGGUUGAAGAUGAUGGUGAUGGUGAUGAGGAUGAUGUUGUUGUGGAUGCAGUAGAGGGCAAUGAUGAUGAUGACGAUGAUGAUGAUGAUGAUGAUGAUGAUGAUGAAGAGAAGAAAUACUGGGAAGAGAAGUUUAAGAAAGAAGUGAGUAGUGCAGAAGCAAUGGAGAAUCUAGCCAGAUGGAGUGUAGAGACAACGACUGAAUUGUAUAAGAGGCAGUUAAAGGGAAUGGAAACUCGAGGGAAAGGAAAAAAUGAAUUGUACAAGAAGCAGUCAAAGGGAAUGGAAGCUCAAGAGAAAGAAAAGAAUGAAGAAGAUGGAGAUGAAACUGCCUUGAGAGGUGUUAGAGCAAAAGUGAGUCCCAGAGAAUGGAAGACCGUUGGUCUUGGUAAAUGGCGUAAGAGAAUUAAGAAGAGUAGAAUUCCUCCAGAGUUUUUCUUGCGAGCAGCAGUUAGACCUUUCACUUAUAGGAACCUUGUCAAGGAGAUCGUUUUAACCAGGCACGCCAUUUUGGAUGGUGAGAUUGGUAGGAAGGGAUGAAGCAUUGGAAUGUAAAUCUUGAUUUUGUAGUAUAUGAAAAUGUUCUCUUCAUCUGUCAUCAAAGAACAAAAUUAUGUAGAGAAAUCUUGAAAUUAGUAGUUAGUGUCGAAUUCCCAUACAGACUUGUGCAAGUCUUUGGGAGGUAAUUUUAGUAAUGUGACAAACUCUGUUUUUUCAUGAGCAUUUUUAUUCAGAAUCGAGAUUCUAUACAAAAACAAAGUUCAUGAAA